UGGUCUGAUGCUAGAUCGAAUCUCUUGAUAUACAAAGAGACGUGUGGCUUACAUCUGCGCGAAUCGGAUAUGUUUGAGACCGGCUCUUGUUUUUUCUAAGAGAGUUGGUCAUAGAAAAUGAAAUUCGUCGCUCUGGUUUCCGGGGGCAAAGACUCGUGCUUCAACAUAAUGCACUGUCAAGCGAACGGACAUGAGCUCGCGGCUCUUGCCAAUCUCCAUCCACCCUACGGAAACGAGUCUGAUGAGAUGGACAGUUUCAUGUACCAGACGGUCGGCUACUCUAUCCUGUCUCUGUACGAGGAAUGUUUCGGGGUACCGAUGUACCGGGCCGAGAUUAAAGGGCGAUCGCUCGAUACCGGGCUCGACUACAAGAGCGCUAGGAAAGACGACGAGACGGAGGAUCUGUUUGAGCUGCUGAAGGAGGUCGUGAGAGAGCAGCCCGAGAUCGAGGCGGUGAGCGUCGGCGCGAUUCUGUCGACGUACCAGCGCACACGGGUAGAGAAUGUGUGUGGACGGCUGGGACUGACGUGUUUGGCGUAUCUGUGGCAGCGGGAUCAGAGCGAGUUGCUGGACGAGAUGAUUUCGUCUGGGGUGAACGCGAUCUUGAUCAAAGUUGCCGGGAUCGGGUUGACGGCGGACAAGCAUCUGGGCAAGACGCUGGCAGAAGUGCGGCCGGAGCUGCACAAGUUGAAUCGGAUGUUUGGCAGUCAUGUGUGUGGAGAGGGAGGGGAGUACGAGACGCUGGUGGUUGAUUGUCCUGCGUUUAGGAAAGCGAGGAUUGAGUUGGAGAGGACGGAGACUGUGAGGGAUGAGAAUGGGGAUGUGGCGUAUCUGAAGGUGUGGGGACAUACCGUGGCGAAGACAGAUGGGUUGCCGGUGGAGGUGCCGGCACCGAAUCUGUUUGAGGAGGAUAUGCAGGAGCUGUAUGAUGAGCUGUCGUCAGAAGUUGAGAGAUGUGAGAGAUCAGAGAGGAAGGAGAGGGAGGUGGUUGAGGUAGGCGAGUGUGUGCAAAAGCUGGCAAAGGCGGUGAUGAUUAGCAAUUUGACUGUUGAGAGCAACGAGAACAUGUCAAUUGAAGAGGAGAUUACUGAGCUGUUUGAGAAGCUGAAGCUGAAGAUGAGAGAGCAUGCCGGGACCGAGGAUGUCUAUCAGUUUACGUUUGUGUCGCUUAUUUUACGGGACAUUGGUGUAUUUGGGCAAGCGAAUGCCGCGUACAAGCAGUUUUUCGCUGCGCAAGGGUCCGAGCCUAAUCCUCCGGCGCGAGCGUGCAUAAGCUCGCUUCUGCCGGCGGGGAAGCGAGCGAUGCUGUCAGCUACGGUGUCGACUUUGAAGAAAGAGGCGCGCAAGGGACUGCAUGUGCAAGGACGGAGUUACUGGGCGCCGGCCAAUAUCGGGCCGUAUUCACAGGCGAUCGGGGUGGAUGAGCGCGUGUAUCUUGCCGGGCAGAUUCCGCUUGUGCCGGCGUCAAUGCGGGUGUAUGAUGACGGGGACGCGUGUGGACAGGCGGUGCUUGCGCUGCAGAAUCUGAGGCGGGUGAGGGAGGCGGUGAGUAGUCAGGGAGAGUUUGCGUAUUUGGUUGCGUAUGGGGCGGACGAGGAGGCGGUGAGGGUUGCGGUGCGGGUUGGAGAGAGGGUGGUGGAGGGGUGUUUUGGGGUGCAGGUUGUGAGCCUGCCGGCGGGAGCGAGGGUUGAGUUUUUGGGAGCAGGGGUUGAUGCUACGUUUGGGAUUGACGAUGACGAUGAUGAUGACGAAGAGAAGGAGGAGAAGAGAGGGAGUGUAGUGUUUUGCUGCGACAGUGCAGGAGAGGUACGAAGGCGCGUGGCAGAGACAGGAGCGCGAGGCGCGAUAGUGUACGCUGCAGGAGAGCCGUUGGGGGGUGGAGGAGAGGGAGUUGAGGGAUACGAGAUUGUGCAUGUCGAGCGGGUUUGGGACGGCGCAGGGGAGCGGGAAUUUGGGGUUGUGGCGUUGUUUUGACGCAGCUGCGCAGCUGUGCAGUGAUGAUGGGUGUGAUGGGGUGCUUGAGAUGUAGAUGUGGUAUUGAAUCUGAUUGAUAGAAUACAGAAUACAGAAGAUGAAUAUAGACAAAGAAGAUAGAGAUAG